GUUAUCGGCAGAACUUGUUAUCGAAAACGCUGACCAAUAUUCAACUCCGCUGUCCGAAUUGAAAUAGUCGUUAAAUUAGUUUACCAUUUAAAUAUCUCAUUAAAUCGUUGAAUUACCUUGGCCAACAAAACGACUAGACAAGACUAGUGGACAUUUAUAAAAUCGGAGGAGGAAUUGCCAAUAGAUCUCUGCACCAAGCUGAGAACUUAAUGGCGCAUUAUUGUUGCUUACUAGACGUGAUAUUUUAACUAUUGCUUUGCUAAUUUAAUAAUUAUUAAGUGAUAGUUUGACUCCAGAGAUGUGCAUCCAAAGUUCUAGUGUCUGGAGUGAUCCAAUAAGCUGCGCAUAGUGGCCAUAACUGCUGGAUGAUGGUUCUCCCUUGCCAGAGAAGGAACUCUGCUGGAUAGGAUUGCCUGAUAAAAAUCACUGAAGUUUCGGGGCUAGUUGCCAGAUUUUUGACACUGCCGGUACAUUAAAAAAGGCCAUGCCUCUAUUACCAUAUACGAUUGUGAGAAGUGCAGCGGGUUUUAUAAAGAACUCGGGGCUUUCAGAGUCAGAGCUGCUUCAAUCAUGGAUCGCAGAAAAGUACCCUUAUUACUCCUGCACCAUCUGGGAUGUGCUCCUACGCCUGCGUCCACUGGAACCGGUGUCACGAGCGCAUUCACACCGAUGACCUUUAGUCGGGCGGGGCAGCUCUGAAAGCACGAGAGGCGUCACAAUGAUAAGCUGGAGACGCCGAUUUUGGCCAGUGCACUCUGAGUCGCGGUCAAGGUGAGCGCUAUCUAUACAGUCUAAUCAGUGGUUUUGGAAGCCUCCUUCAAUGCCCAGGUGAUGCUUGCAGCUCACAACCGUUCCUAUUCGCAAACCGACAAGAUGUUCCGAAUUAAAGCGGUGCUGGGUGUCAUCCUGGUGAUGCUGAUUGCUGAAGGCAGCCACUCUUUACACAGGCAGACGCGUGGAGUUCACGUUAAACUGCCAAGUGGCAACUCGGCGGCAGUGUCCAGUGCAGUGCGCAGUUUAAAGGAGAAGGUUGAGCAGCAGACAGAGGUUCUAAGCCGCCUGGCCAAUGCCACGGAGAAACUGGCGGAUAGCUCGGGAGCCAUUCUGCGCAACUGUGCCCUGACCGACAAGUACGGGUACACCCGCAUCCAACUGGAGGAGGGCAGUCGUCCGUUCGAUGUCUUCUGCGAACAGGCACUCGACGAAGGAGGCUGGACAUUGGUGCUGCAGCGAUUUAAUGGCACGCAGCGCUCGGCAAAGGAAUUCCGCGAUGGCUACAACAGCAUCGCUGAUGGGGAGUACUUCCUGGGCACCGACAAACUGUACGCGUUGACUCAUUCGCGCGACCACGAGCUACUCUUCGUGAUGGAGUUUGUGGACAUGACCACACGCAGCUAUCAGGCGCAGCGGUUCAUCCUGCAGAGUCCCACGGCUUACCUCACUUGGGCAAAGGAGCAGGACACCGCUCGCUACAGUUGGGCCUUGUGGGAGCAGGAAAUAGCACGCUUGCCAGUGGGAGAAUCAUGGGAGUCAUACGAGAACUGCUCUUCUGAUGUUUGUGGCCCGGAGCGCUUCAUUGUCUUUCUGCUAAAGUGGAACUUUGCUCGGCAGAACUUUAGUCCCAUAAUGGGACGUCCGGCUAUACGACUUUACAAGCUUCUUCUGCGCCCAUCCAAUGCCUACUGGACUGUUCGAAACCCAUGAUCUACUAUUAUAUAUAUUCCUGGUUUGAACUUCUUUCUACUUGUUUUACGUCUAAAUGGUCCCUAAAUUAAUCUUUUUUUAAUACGCUUAGCAAACCAUUUGUUUGGGAAGAGAUUGUCAGACUUAAUUGGAGUAAUUUUCCAUCCAAUUCUACUUUUAAUUCAGUAUAAUGAUCGCUAAAAGUCUAUCUUUUUAACCUAUGUUCCACAGAAAGAAAACACACACAAGAUGAAAUUUGCUUUUUCAAAUGAUUUAUUGCAUGCA